CGUGAAGGCAACAUCGGUAAACAGCGUUUUGGCGCGUGUCGCUUUCCAAGGUUCUGAACUAUAAACGUCUAUUCUGUCAAUAAGUUGAAUAAGCUGUUUUUCCACGGCAACACGAUGAGGAGACAGGAAUACCAGCCAGCCAGGCCAACAGCAGGCUGCCUGUCUGUGCCGCUCUUUAACCAGAAGAAAAGAAACAGAGUUCCUUUGACAUCUGCUCCCUCUGAGAAUGAAUUCUUCUCUCACAGUGAAUACAUGGCGAGCACGAGCUCAGCUGCACCUCACAGCACAUCAGGUACCUAUGGAUGUUAUCAGGCCUCAGGUCCGGCCUACGAUGCUCAACAAAGCCACCAGUGGAACAGGCAGGGCAUCCCACAAUCCACACCACCCCAGCAGUAUGGCAGCAACAGACCUGCUCCUGGACCUGCACCUGCAAAGAGAUGCUAUACACCCAUACCACAUCCCUACAAAGUUGUAGGCACAAGCUCUCAGAUGGGACAGGCCAGCAACUGUGUGAGACAACAGGAUUUCAGCUCCAGUGUUAACUCCACACAGAGCAAAUAUCAAGCUCACAACAUGAGUGAGAGUUCACAAAUCAAGCCAACACCCCAAACUGGUUUCUCUCAGAUGGCUCAGCAGUCAUUUUACAGACCGCCCAAUCCCACAUAUCAGUAUUCUCAGCAGCCCAGACCUGUGCCUGCUCCUGUCCCACCACCCAGCAGGCCAUCUGCUCCUUGUGCACCGCAGCCACAAAAAAACUCCUGGAAGUUUACUAACAGCUUUGGGCCGCAGAGAUCCCCCUUUGAAGGAAAUAGGAGCGCAAAUAAACCUCAGACUGCGCGACAAACUCAGGACACAUUUCUAAUGAAGCCAGCUAUUGAGAACUCACUGAGGAUCCUGACUUCAGUAAUUGAUGGCAUGAGACACUGGAGCCAGUUUAAAGACAAAGUCCCAUACCUAUUUGAGAUAUUUGCUACUCUAGACUCUGCGGUCACACUGGGUCGCCACGGAGCCAAGAACUUCCUCGUGAGAGACGGGAAGGCGGUAGUGCAGUGUGUCUUCUAUGAAACCGAACAGGAACUGCCCCGUCUCAUCCGCGGUCAAGUUCAUCGCUGUGUGGGAAACUAUGACCGCAGCAGAGAUGUCCUGAUGUGUGUGUCCGUCAGACCCAGCCUGCCCUCAGAGCUCAGGAACGCUCAGGAGGCUGUCAAAGCCUGCGAUGCAGAAAUGAGAGCACUGAUCAAAUUACUCAGUGAGGUCUGAGUACUGUAGAUAUCUGCAGCAGUACAAGAUGGAUCGGCAGAAGGUAUAAUUCCCAGUAGUUUUAAAAAGCAUGUUUUAGGUAUUAUUCAAGUUUUUGACCUGUUGUGCUGUUGUACUGAACAGUUGAAUUCACUUGCAUGUUCUGGUACUGAUGUUCUUGUAUUUAUUUGUGAAACAAAUAUAAAGAGUGGUUUCAUGUAAC